UGUUAAUUUGAAUAAAUAAAUAUAUUUAUUUUUAUUGUUUUUUUUUUUUCUUAUAGCUCGUCGUUGUUGUCCAAUUAUUCAUAUUGAUAAUUUAACAAUGUCCAAAGCAUUAAUACAUGAACUUGAUCUUAAAAUGCAACAAGUUAAAGAAUAUGGUCUUAUAGCACAUGGAUAUCAUAAUGAAAAUUUUCAAUAUCCAGUACAUGUUCGCCGUAGUCAUGAUGGCGAAAAAGUUCCACGUUCAUUACCUAUACUUGAUAAAAAUCAUCGAAUCAGUCGAUUAACUAAUACAACUAUAUUAACAUCAUCAUCACAUGAAAAUCAUCCAUCAUUAACAAAGAAAAAAAAUUCAUCGAAAAAAAAAGAUACAGUCGAUGAUCAUCAUCAAGAACAACAAAGAACAUUUAUAACUCCACCAAAUAAAACUAUUAAUGAUAUUGAUCCAUCAAUUGAUCGUGAUCAUUCAUAUACAACCGGUAAAUCUUUAACAAGAUUUUAUCAUUAUAGAAAAUCUUCAUCAUCAUCAACACAUUCAUCUCCUAUACUUUGUUCAUUACGACCACAUUCAAUAGCUUGUUUAUCAACAACAGAAAGUAUCACAACAGAAUCAUGUGAAAGUACAAAAACAGAUGAACAACAAGUAAAUCCUUUAUCCAAUUCAUCUCAGUCAUUAGUUACUCAAUCAACAUCUCGAACACCAAUAAGAACAAUAACACAAAAAUUCUUUUCCAAAUUCUUCCAUAAUCCAUCAAAAACCUGA